CUCCAUCACCACAUCACAGCUUCAAACAUCUCUUGUCUAAAUUUCCCCCUUGACAAUUAUCACCAUCGUUCGUUACCUCGACUGCCAAUUCGUGGCCCGGUUUUGUCUACCUCCACCUCUGAUGUAGUCGACUUCGUCUUUGUCCUCCAACAAACCCCCAGAGAGAGAAAAAAAAAACACGCCGCUCUCCUCGCGUGAACCGCCGCCCUUCCUCCUCACAACCGCUCCCUCCACGAUCCCUCGACAAUCACAGAACACUCGUUACACUUCUCUACCUUCAACAUUCCUCUCUCCCUCCGCAAUAGCCCCGGCACCAUAUUGACGACUCUGCCAGAGAUGUCAAGAUAACGGGGGACUUUUUGGCUCCAUGGUGGGUCAAAAGUCAUAAAGGACCCUGCCCUUUCUCCGGUCCCUGUCCCCUCCGCGAACGACUUGUCCUUGAAGGACCGUUUCUCCCGCUGCAGGAGUAAUGGCCCAGGAUGGAUCUGAACAACAAUACUUGGAGCCCCCGAUCAUCACGGCCAUCAAGAACGAUUCGGGUUAUGGGAGCGAAAUGACUCGGCAUGCGAUGGAGAGGUCAUUCAGCCAGGACAUUCAAGAAGGCAGUCAAGAGCUGAAAGAGGCGGCCGAACAAACCCGGAAUAUUAUUCUUGAUCUCAGUCUAGAUGGCCACAUUCGCUGGGUCAGCCCCUCUUGGACCGAUGUCGUUGGCACUGAUCUCGAGCAUGUUCGAGGUCAUAAGAUCUCGAAAUUCAUCAGCGACAAGCCCGAUGUCUUCGAAUCCGCUAUUGAAGCUCUGAAGUCCAAUGAUUCCAAGAGUCAAUUUGUCAAAUUUGCAGUCAAGGUCGGCCCUUCUUCCGACAUGGGGACUAUGCUACCGACAGACGACGGCCAAGAACCGAGUGAGGACAAUGUUGAAACGGACGAGAGGGGAAAUGCAACCCUCGAACUGGAGGGCCAGGGCAUCAUGGUCUACGACAGGACGUCCGGAGGAGAGUCGCACACCAUGUGGAUGUUACAGCCUGCUCAGGAGCCUAUUCGCAUCGAAAUAGCACUGCCUCGAGCCCUAGUGGAAACCCUUGGAGUUGGCGCAGAGAUUCUGGCAAAGUACCUCACCGAACUUGCAGAGUUCGGGGCUAACGACCCCGAGAAUCACCCACCCCCUCUUCCAAUCCUCUGUCGGGUGUGCGAGAGGUCCAUUGUCCCAUGGUGGUUUGAGAAACACUCGGAUCUCUGCGUCCAAGAACACAAGGCUGAAAUGGAUGUGCAGAUGGUCCAAGAAAAUCUCUCGGAACAUAGGCACGCAAUUGUCAAAGUGCUCGACGCUUUUGAAGUUCGUCAAGGGCGAGGCUCAGGCGGCGAAACCCCCCCGCCUUCGGUUCCUGAAUACAAGGGUAUGCCGAUCGGUCCCUCGCCAACCUCGUCGACCGGUGUCUCUUCCGCUUCAGGAUCCCAUAGUGCUAGUCCGGUGAGAUCACGAAGUCCAUCAGCGGCCGGCCUAGGUCAUGCUCGGGCUCGUUCGUUUGUGGUCCGGCGCCCUCUGGUUCGCAUCGUGGAAUUGAUUCUGGACCUGUGCGACACGGCCAACGAAAUCAAUGUACCUUCAAUCAAAGACAGUAAAAGCUCAGGGGAAGAUGAGUUCAAGUCGCAGUCGCCGCAGUCGGAAUCCAGAAUUUCCCAAAUCAUCCAGUGGCAACCUCCGAGUAGCCUGGACAACGAGCCUGGCCUGGCCGCCUUGAGUGCGGAUACCGAAAAACUGGCUCGUGCCAAGGUCGAUGCAGUGCAUCGGUAUCAGAAUGUUCUGGAGUACUCUGAGCGAAUACGACAAGAAUACAUGGCCGAAGUGGAUGCGUGUAUCAAUGAAGCCUUGAUCAAGGCCGAAAGGGCUGCAGCAGGCGAGGCAUUGUCUUCCAGUGAAAGCGAGUCUGAAGAAGAGCCCGCACUGGAAGGCAUUCUCGAAAGCCCAGGAGAAGACAUGGAACCAACGCCGCAGCCGCUCUCCAUCGAGCACAUCGAGCCAGAAGCCAGUCGGAGCACAUCUUACGUCGGAUUGAAGUCAAUGGCUUCUGCUCUCAGAAAUCCCAGAGAUUUGCCGCAAAUCACGAUGGGAACUGAUAAAAGACGAUCGUCAUCCCAGGCUGUUUCGACCGGCUCCAGCAGCCCCAUCGAAUGUCCCACCCCAAAGUCCCAUCGGAGCAAUCUCAUCUCUCAACCCCAACCAGUCUCGAACAGGCGAUCGAUGUACAUUGAAGAUGCGAACGAUAGCGACAGUAGUCUACCCCCCUCGAUGCUGUCGGGUAAUUGGCGGGCCGACUCUCCAGCCUCUGCAUCUGAACAGGGCCGAACUGCACAAUCACGGGACAGGAAGAGACGGAGUAUGCAUCUGCAUGGCCUUAAUUCGGCCUCUCCCCAUCGCCAGCAGUCUCCGGGAAGAUACCCCCCACCGCCGCCAUCACCACUGCGAAUGACCAAAUCUAGAAUCCCCAGUGGAGAAAUCGCCCAGUCCCCUGUUGUGUCACCAUUGUUGACGGCUGGCGAAUUCGUACCUCCAAGCAAUGCUCCGACUCUGCAUAGAAGGCAGUCGUCGAUGCAUUCGUCUGAUCUGAAGACCCCUGCCUCACCCCGGUUGAACUCGGUGUCCCACCCGCAACAACGGGUGCUGGCCCCUUCAAUCAAGGAUUUUGAGAUCAUCAAGCCGAUUAGCAGAGGUGCAUUUGGAAGUGUGUAUCUGGCCAAAAAGAAAAUCACUGGCGAAUACUUUGCUAUUAAAGUGCUCCGCAAAUCUGACAUGAUUGCAAAGAAUCAGGUCACAAAUGUCAAGGCUGAACGCGCCAUCAUGAUGUGGCAGGGGGAGAGUGAUUUCGUUGCCAAAUUGUACUGGACAUUCUCCAGCAAGGACUACCUCUACCUGGUCAUGGAGUAUCUGAACGGAGGCGAUUGCGCUUCUCUAGUGAAGAUCCUUGGGGGAUUGAGUGAAGACUGGGCCAAAAAGUACAUCGCUGAAGUCGUUCUCGGUGUCGAACAUCUGCACUCUCGAGGAAUUGUCCACCGUGACUUGAAACCGGAUAACCUUCUAAUCGACUCCAAAGGCCACCUGAAGCUCACCGAUUUUGGUCUGUCUCGGAUGGGCCUUGUUGGUCGACAGAAGCGUGCACUCAAGCAACCUGAUGAGGCCGUGCCCGAUCUUUUGAAGCAAGGCCCUUUCACCCAGAACGGUUCAGGGUCGAAUCCGACCUCGAGAUCCACCUCUUUCGACUAUCAGGGCCCGCAUUCGCCAGCACCGACACCUCUCAUGACACCCGCUUUCACCGGAGGGCUUGAUCAACCUUCGUACUUCAGCUUGAAUCGAGAAAGCUCCCUAAGCCGAGAAACGUCACUGAGAAACUCUGGCUAUCGGAGUGAUAGCGGUAGUGGCUCGAGCUUCGAUCUCCAUCAACUCUUCAAAAAGCUCGGCGUGCAGGAAGACACCGAGUCCCCCCCUCAGAUCUUUCCUCGAAAGAUUGAAGAAGAGGCCUACAGCCAGGGCAGUGCAUCACCUGACCUCUUCCCACUGUCACAGUCGAUGAGUAACAUCUCUCAAGCCGCACCUGCUCCUUUGCCUUCUCAGAUGCUGGCUCCUCCCUUAUUUGAGCCUGAAGAGAGCGAUCGUCGUUUCGUGGGCACUCCAGAUUAUCUGGCCCCGGAAACCAUCAACGGCACUGUACAGGAUGAAAUGUGUGACUGGUGGUCUUUGGGCUGCAUCAUGUUCGAAUUCCUCUACGGCUUCCCACCUUUUAAUGCAGAGACGCCGGAAAAGGUAUUUCACAAUAUUUUGAAUCGGAGAAUUGCCUGGCCCGACGACGACGAAAUCGAAGUGAGCCCAGAAGCGAGGGAUCUCAUUGACAAGCUCAUCCAACUCGAUCCGAGAGAAAGACUGGGUGCAAACAAGGACGAGAAGUAUCCAAGUGGGGGCGCCGAGAUUCAGGCACAUCCUUGGUUUGCUGACAUCCACUGGGAUACACUCCUGGAAGAUGAGGCUCAGUUUAUCCCGAACCCGGAGCAUCCAGAGGACACCGAGUACUUUGACUCGCGCGGGGCCACCUUGUCGUCCUUCCCUGAAGAACUAGAAGACCAAAUCUCACCAGCGGGUACAACCCCAAAUGGUUCGGACUAUCCCAAUCGUCCCCAUGAUGCACUCUUUCGAGCUAGAACGCAAGCAAGUUCUGCGAAGCGUGGCCUCAUGCCUCUCCACAUUCCUCCCCAUGUGGUACGCGAUUCCCGUAGUCGGAGACUCAGCGAGCCUGUCAUCGCCGACGACUUUGGCAAUUUCACUUUCAAGAACUUGCCCGUGCUGGAGAAGGCCAACAAGGACAUAGUCGAAAGAAUGAGAAAAGAAGCGAUGCAAGCUCAAGCUAGAGGCUAUGCUCAUUCGCAAGCUAUGUCUGCCACCAAUAGUCCAGCUCUGGGAUCUCCUGGACCUUCCCUUGAAGGCAGUCCGAUGAUGCCGAUGCCGGUUAAGCGGGCGCUCUCUAUCAGCAAGGGUCACAGACCAGGCUCUCCAUCCAGCCUAGCUACCUCCAACUCGUCUCCUAGCAGGCCGUCACAACCUUCUUCGCCUCUCUUGGUUCAAUUCUCCACAGCGCAGCAUCACGACAGACGAAAGACUUCUGGCUCUUCUCAAGGAAGCAGUUCUCUUGCUCCGAGUAGCUUCUUCGACAUCCCUCACGAUGCUAUCAAACACGGACCAACGGCCACGUCAUCUCCCAUCAAAUCGGCUCGGAUGCCGUCAGUCUCUCCCGCAAAAGGGAUGCCUCCACCGCGCACUGCGACAGUUAAUGGGCGCACCAGGUCGCAGACCGUCGGCUCACAGGAAAGUGAUGGACAGCCUCCGCAGCGAGAUGCCUUCGUUCCUGGCCAUCAUAAGCGCAAGAGCCAACUACUCGUCCGGGAUGUUUCACCUUCGUCUUCAGAUAACGAAUCAGCACAAGCAAAGGCACUGCUCAAGGUGCAACGCCGGCGGCAGAGCUCACGAAGACUGUCGCAGAUCAACUUUCUCGAGGGCCCUACAUAUCGACCUUUGGACGUCCUGAUCUGCGAGGAUCACCCGGUGUCCAGGAUGGUAAUGGAGAGGCUUUUUGAGAAAUUACGCUGUCGGACAAUCACCGCAACCAAUGGUCCAGAUGCUCUGCGACUUGCUAUCAGCCAGAUCCAAUUUGACGUUAUCUUCAUGGAAUUCAAGCUGCCCCUCAUCAGCGGAGUCGACGUUGCUCGCAUGAUCCGAGACACAAAGAGCGCCAAUACCAGCACUCCGAUUGUCUGCAUCACGGGGUAUCUGAAGGAUCUUCCCGAAGUCCACCACUUUGAUACUCUCAUGCAAAAGCCGCCGACCACUCAGAAACUGACCGAGAUGUUAGCCAAGUACUGUGCUUGGAAACCCGCCCCGAAAGACUUCCGGAUGGCAGUUCCAUUGACCAUCCCACAUCUCAACACACGAUUCGAAGCUAUGCCUACGCAAGACAGUCCAAGUUCCGUGGCUUCGAGUCUUGCACCGACUAUGCCCGACUCAUCCUAUCGAGGGUCAGGCCGGGAGGAUUCCAUUGGCAGUGGCGGUUUCUUUAGUGAUUUGGAAUCGUUCAAGAGUGAUGAUAUUCCGGUCAUCGUGUCUCGAGCCGCUACAGACGAAUGGGCAAAGGCCGGAUUAGGGAUUUCCGACGAUAUCGUCCUCGGACAGCGCCCUUAUGUCCAGUCUGGCUACCCUCAUCUUGUCCAUACAGAAUCUGCACCCCCCAGCGCUUGCGUCGACGACGCUGGGGGAUACGGUCUUCAAACUCCGCGUCGACAAAAGUCAUCGGAGGCUGUCAGAUUGAAGCGAGAACUGCUAGACAAGAACAUGAACCAUGCCGGUGGAGCAGCUGAAGAAGGGGAUGACGAAGACGAGGAACUGGGUGACGUCCAAGUGAGGGCGAGGUCACCCAUCGGCAAACCCCCACGUCCGUCGUCCAAACUUGGAAUCGAAAUGAUGCGCACAAACAGUCGCGGAAGCGUUAUAUCCAUGGGUGAAGACAGGUCAGCUGAGGCAGACAGCCUUCGGAAGUCAUUGGAAAUCCUGGAAGAACGCAUGGAAAAUCUCAAAAUUCCCGAGGAGCCCAGUAUGUCUUCCUUGACAGAGAUCCAGCCGCGGAAGAAGCUUGAGCGGACUGUCUCCCAGCAUUCACAUCCUGAGCAGCAGUCUGUUCGUUCGCCCAGCGGACAAAUCACACCCCCGGUCAUAUUCCCCCCCAAACCCGGGGCCACUUUUGCCGAUCUUGAGAUGGAUAUCACUCCUGUGCCGACCAAGAUGAUGAACAUCGAAGAGGAGCCUACUCCGAAACCUCAGGGCAGCCCCUCGGGACCCGAACUCACACAAUCUCAGCGCUGACUUUAUCCUACUCUUUCUCAUGUGUAUAUGCGAUUAUGACUGACUUAUGGAAAUUUGCUCGAACGAUUGGAGCCUGGGUUUUUUUUUUUUUCAUUUCCUUUGUACACAAUGACCUGUUGCAAGGCGCUGGAGGAGAUGGAAGUGCAAGCAUAAUUGGCGUUUACUUGAAGGUGGGAAAACGGACCGGUGGCACACGUGUAUUUCAUUCUCUGUGGUCCGUGACUCGAUGCAUGGUCCAAACACGGCUUAAAUACUUUGACAAUAAAUCAUCAUUCUCUAC